AUGUCUUUCCUAAGUCUAAUCGGACUGUUUGUAGUACUGAAGUUGUUUGUGUACUUGGCGUUGUUUCUCACUGGCGAUACCGAUUUGGAACUAUGGUGGUACGACAAGUUCAAAAACAAUCUCGGUAGGUACCUAACUGAUAAUUGUUUAACCUGUUGAUCUAUCGUUUCAAUUCAGUAAAAUACCGUCGUAUGUGUCGUAUCGUACGACUAUAUUAACGAAAAUAUGCCUAAAGGCUAAAAUACAAUAUAAGUAUAUACAUAUCAUGUAUUAUAUUGUCGUAGAUUUUAGAUUAUUUAAUGUUUUAUUAGGUAUUUAGAAACUCUUAAAUUAUAUUGUUGUCUAAAAUUAUUUAGGUUCUUUCAAGGACAAAGUAGUUUGGAUUACUGGUGCCUCCAGUGGAAUUGGUGAACAAAUCGCUUUGAACCUGUCAAAGCAUGGUGCCAAACUUAUUUUGUCUGCGAGAAGUCAAGACAAAUUAUAUCAUGUUAAAAAUCGAUGUAUUGGUAAUUUUUUUUACAUUUUAGUAUAUUAUUGUAUUUUUUUUUAAUAUUUAUCUGCAUUUUUACUUUAUGUUACUUGUAUGUUUACAGAACUUAGCGAAGGCAAGUUAACUGCUAAUGAUAUACUUGUGUUACCGAUGGACGUCACACACAUAGCCAAACAUUUAUCAUUUUUCGAUAAUGUCAUCAAUCAUUUUGGGAAAGUAUGAAAACAACUUUAUUAAAAUAAAAUCUAAUUUUAUUUCUUAUCUACCUGCUUAUUAUAGGUAUUUGAAGUUUGAAACAUUAGAAUACAGCAGGCAAAGUAAAACUUAAUUACUUUAUAUUAACUGAUUUAUAAUAAUAACUUAUAUAAGCAAAUAGGUUUAAGUAUUGACGUAUGAAAUUGCCUACUUGUUUAAUUUUAACAGCAAUCUUAAGCAAAUAUUAUUUUGCAAUUGUUUUUCUAGGGAGUAUACAAUUUAUUUUGGAUGUGUAUCAAAUCUAUAUUUGAAAAAAAAAAUUCUAAAUUUAAAUUAUUUUCCAAAACAUUAAAUAUAUAUAAUUGAGUUGAAAUAAUUUACGUAUACAAUAAAUAUUAUAGAAUACAUAUUGAGUAACAAAGUUUUGUUCAUUCAAUGUAAUCAAACUUCAAAGACUAAUGUAAUUUGUAGCUAUAAUAAAUAAAUGGUUUAAAAAUACUAAAGUUAUUAAUAUUAUGUAAUUUUAUUUUUAGCUUGAUAUUCUUGUAAAUAAUGCGGGUCGUUCACAGCGUGCUGUUUGGGAAGAUAUUGAACUUGGAGUUGAUCGCGAAGCAUUUGAAUUAAAUGUAUUUUCUACUGUUAAUUUAUCGAGAAUCGCAGUGAAAUAUUUUAAUCAAGUAGGACGGGGUCAAAUUGUGAUAACUUCUAGUAUUGCAGGAAUUAUACCUGCUCCAUUUUCUGCUAGCUACAAUGCUACUAAACAUGCACUUCAUGUAAGGAAAUAUUGAAAACUAUUAUUCGAUUUAAGUGGUUAAAGGUAUAUAAUGUGAAUUACAUAGUAAAUUAUUGUUUUUAUGACCAUAAAAUUACCAUAGUGAAAUUAUUGUAGUUAUAUAUUAUAUAAUUGUAAAAACAAAGGUGUAGUAACUAUUUAUAUGAGAUUAAAUAACAACUAAAAUAAUUUGAAAUUUAUUAUUUAAAUUGUUAAAAAGUAAUUCAAGGACUAUGCAUUAAAAGCAACAAUAAAUCGUUUAAAAUUUAAAAUCUUAUUUUGAAUAAAACUAGUACCUAUUUAUUUAAAUAUUUUCAAUUUUUCAAAAUUUUAAAAAUGGCAAAAUUAUAAUCUCGAAAAAUGUCCUUUUUUGGUUGUGAUUCAAUAAAGAUGUUAAAUAAUAUUUAUUAUACUUGUCUGUUAAAAGGGCUAUUUUGGAGCUUUACGCCGAGAAAAAGUACACACAAAUAUCCACGUUACUAUUUUAUGCCCUGGCCCAGUUUUUAGUAACUUUCUUAAAGAAAGCUUUACUGCUCGACACGGAGAUGUAAGUUAACUAUAUUCAAAAUUGCAAUUUGUAAAAUUAUAUAUUAUUCAUCUGAAUUGUAAAUAUAAUUAACUAUGGUAAUACAUUGUUAAAUAAUUUACAGAAAUAUGGAUUGACACAUUCACCGACAGACAACAGAAUGAGUGCUGAAAGAUGUGCUCAUUUGUCGUGUGUAGCAAUUGCAAAUAAAUUAAAAGAAUCAUGGAUGGCAAAAUUUCCAAUUCUUCCAAUAACAUAUUUAACAGUAUACUACCCUGUUAUUUCAUACAAGUAAGAUCAUUUGUGCAUGUUACAUAAGUUAACUUAUUCGUUAAAAAAUAUAUACUAUAUAUAUAUAUAUACAAUUUUAACAAUGGAAAUUAGGUUUAUAUAAUGAAUAUUUAUUUUGUUUUUAUUAAUGACAUUUCAUAAAUUCAUUUUUGUUGUAUUAUUUAGAACCUUUACAGUUUUGACUUGGAAUAAUUUACAUAUUUUAUUAAAAAUUGUUCUUAUUAUCUUUUAAAUAAGUACUGAAAUUAAUAAUUGUCAACUAUUAGUAGAAUUAUCGAUUUAAUGACAAAUAUCAUUUAAAUACGGUUUUAUAAAAAAUACAAUAUUCAAUUACAAAUCCAUAAAUAGGUUUAAUUGUUAGUAAAUAAUGAUAAAAAGCAAAAAUACAUAUCUUAGAAUAAAUAUUUUUCACGAUUCAUAGUAAUUAAAAAAAAUUUGUUUAAAUUUACCAAAUAAAGCAGUAAGAAAAACUGGAAUAUAGGUUAUUACAUGAAAGAUUUAACACCUUAAAAUAACUUUUGUCCUGUUCAAUAUUUUUAAACUUUUUUUUCUUGUAGCAAUAGCCCUUGCACUAUGAUUAUUUUAUUUUAUAUUUUUUAAUAACUAAAAGUAAAAUAAUUAUUUUUACAAAAUCCAGGAUCCAUAAACACAUUUUAAAACAAACAGCCGAUUUUACAAAAAUCAUUAUUUUUUAUAGACAAAUUGGUGAAUAUAUAGAUAUUAUUUAAUAGUGCAACAAAAACAAUUACAACAAAAUUGUAAACUUUGUUUUUUUUUUUUAAGAAAACACUAGCAAUUUAUUAUUAGUGAAUAUUUGUAACAACAUUUUGUUUUAAAAUAUAUUUAUAAAAUAACCAUCUUAGAUUUUGUAAAAACAAUUUAAAAAAAUAAAUAAAUAAAUUAUUGUCCAUGGACUAGCAAUUAUUAUAACAAGAAACAAAUUAUUAAACAAAACUAAGUUAUUUCAGAUGUCAGAUCUUUGUGUAGAUAAAAAUACUACCCAAAUGUACAAUUUCAUUUAUAUUGUUUGAAAUAGUUACACAAAAUGAUUUAAUAUAUUUAAAAUCUAGUAUUCCACUACAAAUGAAUUUAUAAUCUUAUUAACUAAUAUUGUGGUUGUAAAGAGAAAAAAAUGUGUUACAUGAUUUCCACUGUAUUUCAUUAUACGUAAUUUAAAUUAAUUUUUUUUUUUUUUUUUAUGAUACUAAAUAUUAAUGGUGGACAAUGGUAUUUAUAUUAUAUAGUGCUAGUCAUUGAAAUCAUAUUAUUGUUAUUUUAGAUGGGAAAUAUUGAUAGAUAAACAUCAUUAAAACAAUUCCUCGUAUUUUAUCUACUGAUAAACAAAUAAAUAAUUAUACUUUGUGUUGUUAAAUUAUUUAAUAUUUUUAGUAAGACAUUACUUUAAUCCAUAAAUUACUGUAUUAAUAAUAAUAAUAAUAAUAAUUGUUUACAAUCUAAGUUAAAAUUGCAAGAAUUACUAGUUUAACUCCGGUUUGCAUAGUCAAUGGCUUUGUCUAUUUCAAAUAUUAUUUUGUUUACAGACUUUAUGAACUCUAUGGCUACAAAAUCGCACAAAAAUUGAGGGACAAUCAAUAA